GCACCACAAUGGCAGAGCAAGCACAGAGGCGUUCCUCAGCUGCGACCGGCGGCUCAGGCCGAGGUCGCGGAGGCGGAGGCAGUCGCGGUCGCGGUGGCGCUUCGAGGAGAAGCGGCGGAGGCUCAGGUGUGCUACGUAAGUUCCCAGCUUCGCUGACGCUGACUGGUGGGCUUCGAUGGCUAACCCUUUCUUCUUCUUCUUUGCAGCGGGAGAUCCAGUACCACAAGGCCGCAAAAGAAGAUAUAGGCCCGGAACAAAAGCUCUGCGCGAAAUCAGGAAGCUUCAAAACAACACCGACCUCCUCUUGCGAAAGCUGCCCUUCGCGCGCCUAGUACGAGAAAUCGCCCUGACAUUCCGGCCACGAGACGAAGGCAUGCGAUGGCAGUCACAAGCCAUUCAAGCAUUACAAGAAGCCGCCGAGGCCUUCUUGGUACAUUUGUUUGAAGAUACGAACCUGUGCGCCAUUCACGCCAAGCGUGUGACGAUCAUGCAAAAAGAUAUCCAGCUCGCUAGACGUAUUCGCGGCGUCUGGGGUGGAAUCGGCUAAGGCUACAUAUCUUUAAGCCAUAUAGGCGGUCUGUGUAUUGGUUUGUCAUUGUUGCAGUUAUAUGGACAUUGCUCCUGGGUCUAGCCGGCGUUCAGGGAAAGUAGGGAAAUCGAGAAAUCGAGUCGAGCAUAUAUCACUAGGGAGGGCGAUUGUGCCUGUUUUUUUUUUUUUUU